CGGGGCGCGGCGAUGGCCGGCGGCGGGGCGCGCCCCGGGGCAGCCCGGCUGAGGCUCCCGGCCCCGUGAUUCCCGCCUCUGCAGGACCUGAGCGCCUCGGCCCACGGCCCCGGCCUGCCAUGUCACUGCCACGUCUGAGCCUGCGGGUCCUCCCGCUGCUGCUGCUGCUGCUGGGGGGCGCACGGGCGGCAGCGGGGGCACCCAGGGCUGGUGGGGGGCCACAGCCCGCCUUCCGCACCUUCUCGGCCAGCGACUGGGGCCUUACCCACCUGGUGGUCCACGAGCAGACCGGCGAGGUGUAUGUGGGCGCGGUGAACCGCAUCUACAAGCUCUCGGGGAACCUGACGCUGCUGCGGGCCCACGUGACGGGGCCUGUGGAGGACAACGAGAAGUGCUACCCGCCCCCCAGCGUGCAGUCGUGCCCACACGGCCUGGGCAGCACCGACAACGUCAACAAGCUGCUGCUCCUGGACUACGCCGCCAACCGCCUGCUGGCCUGCGGCAGCGCCUCCCAGGGCAUCUGCCAGUUCCUGCGGCUGGACGACCUCUUCAAGCUGGGCGAGCCCCACCACCGCAAGGAGCACUACCUGUCCAGCGUGCGGGAGGCAGGCAGCAUGGCCGGCGUGCUGAUCGCCGGGCCGCCGGGCCAGGGCCAGGCCAAGCUCUUCGUGGGCACGCCCAUCGACGGCAAGUCCGAGUACUUCCCCACGCUGUCCAGCCGCCGGCUCAUGGCCAACGAGGAGGACGCCGACAUGUUCGGCUUUGUGUACCAGGACGAGUUCGUGUCGUCGCAGCUCAAGAUCCCCUCGGACACGCUGUCCAAGUUCCCGGCCUUUGACAUCUACUACGUGUACAGCUUCCGCAGCGAGCAGUUCGUCUACUACCUCACCCUGCAGCUGGACACGCAGCUGACCUCGCCCGACGCCGCCGGCGAGCACUUCUUCACCUCCAAGAUCGUGCGCCUGUGCGUGGAUGACCCCAAGUUCUACUCGUACGUCGAGUUCCCCAUUGGCUGCGAGCAGGCGGGCGUGGAGUACCGCCUGGUGCAGGACGCCUACCUGAGCCGGCCUGGCCGCGCCCUGGCCCGCCAGCUGGGCCUGGCCGAGGACGAGGACGUGCUGUUCACCGUGUUCGCGCAGGGCCAGAAGAACCGUGUGAAGCCACCCAAGGAGUCCGUGCUGUGCCUGUUCACGCUCAGGGCCAUCAAGGAGAAGAUCAAGGAGCGCAUCCAGUCCUGCUACCGCGGCGAGGGCAAGCUGUCGCUGCCCUGGCUGCUCAACAAGGAGCUGGGCUGCAUCAACUCGCCCCUGCAGAUCGACGACGAUUUCUGUGGGCAGGACUUCAACCAGCCUCUGGGGGGCACAGUCACAAUCGAGGGCACGCCCCUCUUCGUGGACAAGGACGACGGCCUGACCGCCGUGGCUGCCUAUGACUACCGGGGCCGCACCGUGGUGUUCGCCGGCACGCGCAGUGGCCGCAUCCGCAAGAUCCUGGUAGACCUGGGAAACCCUGGCGGCCGGCCAGCCCUGGCCUAUGAGAGUGUGGUGGCCCAAGAGAGCAGCCCUAUCCUGCGUGACCUGGUCCUCAGCCCCGACCGCCAAUACCUCUAUGCCAUGACGGAAAAGCAGGUGACUCGUGUGCCCGUGGAGAGCUGUGUGCAGUAUGCAUCGUGCGAGCUGUGCCUGGGGUCGCGGGACCCCCACUGCGGCUGGUGUGUCCUGCACAGCAUCUGCUCACGGCAGGAUGCCUGUGAGCGGGCGGACGAGCCCCAGCGCUUCGCCUCUGACCUGCUGCAGUGCGUGCAGCUGACGGUGCAGCCUCGAAACGUCUCCGUCACCAUGUCUCAGGUUCCGCUUGUGCUGCAGGCCUGGAACGUGCCCGACCUCUCUGCCGGCGUCAACUGCUCCUUUGAGGACUUCACCGAGUCCGAGAGUAUCCUGGAGGAUGGCCGCAUCCACUGCCGCUCGCCCUCUGCUCGGGAGGUGGCGCCCAUCACACGAGGCCAGGGAGACCAGCGGGUGGUCAAGCUUUACCUGAAGUCCAAGGAGACAGGCAAGAAGUUUGCGUCCGUGGACUUCGUCUUCUACAACUGCAGCGUCCACCAGUCCUGCCUGUCUUGUGUCAACGGCUCCUUCCCCUGCCACUGGUGCAAAUACCGCCACGUGUGCACACACAAUGCUGCCGACUGCGCCUUUCUGGAGGGCCGUGUCAACGUGUCUGAGGACUGCCCGCAGAUCCUGCCCUCCACCCAGAUCUACGUGCCGGUGGGCGUGGUGAAGCCCAUCACCCUGGCCGCGCGCAACCUUCCGCAGCCGCAGUCGGGCCAGCGUGGGUACGAGUGCCUCUUCCACAUCCCAGGGAGCCUGGCCCGCGUCACCGCCCUGCGCUUCAACAGCUCCAGCCUGCAGUGCCAGAACUCCUCGUAUUCCUACGAGGGCAAUGAUGUCAGCGACCUGCCCGUGAACCUGUCGGUGGUGUGGAAUGGUGACUUCGUCAUCGACAACCCUCAGAACAUCCAGGCCCACCUCUACAAGUGCCCGGCCCUUCGAGAGAGCUGCGGCCUCUGCCUCAAGGCCGACCCGCGCUUUGAGUGCGGUUGGUGCGUGGCUGAACGCCGGUGCUCCCUGCGCCCCCACUGCCCCGCCGAUGCACCUGCCGCCUGGAUGCAUGCCCGCCAUGGCAGCAGCCGCUGCGCUGACCCCAAGAUCCUUAAGCUGUUCCCCGAGACGGGCCCGCGGCAAGGAGGCACACGGCUCACCAUCACGGGUGAGAACCUGGGCCUGCGCUUUGAGGAUGUGCGGCUGGGCGUGCGCGUGGGCAAGGUGCUGUGCAGCCCCGUGGAGAGCGAGUACAUCAGUGCUGAGCAGAUCGUCUGCGAGAUCGGGGACGCCAGCACAGUGCGAUCUCAUGACGCCCUAGUGGAGGUGUGCGUGCGAGACUGCUCUCCUCACUACCGGGCCUUGUCACCCAAGCGCUUCACCUUCGUGACUCCAACCUUCUAUCGAGUGAGCCCUGCCCGAGGGCCUCUUUCCGGGGGCACCUGGAUUGGCAUCGAGGGCAGCCACCUGAACGCAGGCAGUGACGUGGCUGUAUCUGUUGGCGGCCGGCCCUGCUCCUUCUCCUGGAGGAACUCCAGAGAGAUCCGGUGUCUGACGCCCCCUGGGCAGAGCCCCGGCAGUGCGCCCAUCGUCAUCAACAUCAACCGUGCUCAGCUCACCAACCCUGAGGUGAAGUACAAUUAUACGGAGGAUCCCACCAUCCUGAAGAUCGACCCUGAGUGGAGCAUCAACAGUGGAGGGACCCUCCUAACCAUCACGGGCACCAACCUGGCCACUGUCCGUGAACCCCGCAUCCGGGCCAAGUAUGGAGGCGUCGAGAGGGAGAACAGCUGCCUGGUAUACAACGACACCACCAUGGUGUGCCGUGCCCCGUCAGUGGACAACCCUACGCGUAGCCCGCCAGAGCUGGGGGAGCGGCCGGAUGAGCUGGGCUUCAUCAUGGACGAUGUGCGUGCCCUGCUGGUGCUCAACUCCUCCUCCUUCCUCUACUACCCGGACCCUGUGCUGGAGCCACUCAGCCCCACGGGCCUCCUGGAACUGAAGCCCAGCUCCCCACUCAUCCUCAAGGGCCGGAACCUCCUGCCACCUGCGCCCGGCAACUCGCGGCUCAACUACACAGUGCUCAUCGGCUCCACACCCUGCGCCCUCACCGUGUCAGAGACCCAGCUGCUCUGCGAGUCCCCCAACCUCACGGGGCAGCACAAGGUCACGGUCCGGGCUGGUGGCUUCGAAUUCUCUCCAGGGAUGCUGCAGGUGUACUCGGACAGCCUGCUGACCCUGCCUGCCAUCGUUGGCAUUGGCGGGGGCGGAGGCCUCCUGCUGCUGGUCAUCGUGGCCGUGCUCAUCGCCUAUAAGCGCAAGUCUAGGGACGCCGACCGCACCCUCAAGCGGCUGCAGCUACAGAUGGACAACCUGGAGUCCCGCGUGGCUCUGGAGUGCAAGGAAGCCUUUGCAGAGCUACAGACGGACAUCCAUGAGCUGACCAACGACCUGGAUGGUGCCGGCAUCCCGUUCCUCGACUACCGGACAUAUGCCAUGCGGGUGCUCUUCCCCGGGAUUGAGGACCACCCAGUGCUCAAGGAGAUGGAGGUGCAGGCCAACGUGGAGAAGUCACUGACGCUGUUCGGGCAGCUGCUCACCAAGAAGCACUUCCUGCUGACCUUCAUCCGCACGCUGGAGGCCCAGCGCAGCUUUUCCAUGCGAGACCGCGGGAACGUGGCCUCGCUCAUCAUGACGGCCCUGCAGGGCGAGAUGGAGUAUGCCACGGGUGUGCUCAAGCAGCUGCUGUCCGACCUCAUCGAGAAGAACCUGGAGAGCAAGAACCACCCCAAGCUGCUGCUGCGGCGGACCGAAUCAGUGGCGGAGAAGAUGCUGACCAACUGGUUUACCUUCCUUUUAUACAAAUUCCUGAAGGAGUGUGCAGGAGAACCCCUCUUCAUGCUCUACUGCGCCAUCAAGCAGCAGAUGGAGAAGGGCCCCAUCGACGCCAUCACCGGUGAGGCCCGCUACUCCCUGAGCGAGGACAAGCUCAUCCGGCAGCAGAUCGACUACAAGACACUGACCCUGAACUGUGUGAACCCCGAGAACGAGAAUGCUCCUGAAGUGCCAGUGAAGGGACUGAACUGUGACACGGUGACGCAGGUUAAGGAGAAGCUGCUGGACGCCGUGUACAAGGGCGUGCCCUACUCCCAGCGGCCAAAGGCUGGGGACAUGGACCUGGAGUGGCGCCAGGGCCGUAUGGCACGCAUCAUCCUGCAGGACGAGGACGUUACCACCAAGAUCGACAAUGACUGGAAGAGGCUGAACACUCUGGCUCACUACCAGGUGACGGACGGGUCCUCAGUGGCGCUGGUGCCCAAGCAGACGUCCGCCUACAACAUCUCCAACUCAUCUACCUUCACUAAGUCCCUCAGCAGAUACGAGAGCAUGCUGCGCACGGCCAGCAGCCCCGACAGCCUCCGCUCACGCACGCCCAUGAUCACGCCCGACCUGGAGAGCGGCACCAAGCUGUGGCACCUCGUGAAGAAUCACGACCACCUGGACCAGCGGGAGGGCGACCGAGGCAGCAAGAUGGUCUCGGAGAUCUACUUGACGCGGCUGCUGGCCACCAAAGGCACGCUGCAGAAGUUUGUGGAUGACCUGUUCGAGACCAUCUUCAGCACGGCGCACCGGGGCUCAGCCCUGCCGCUGGCCAUCAAGUACAUGUUCGACUUCCUGGACGAGCAGGCCGACCAGCACCAGAUCCACGACUCAGAUGUGCGCCACACCUGGAAGAGCAACUGCCUGCCCCUGCGCUUCUGGGUGAACGUGAUCAAGAACCCACAGUUCGUGUUCGACAUCCACAAGAGCAGCAUCACGGACGCCUGCUUGUCUGUGGUGGCCCAGACCUUCAUGGACUCCUGCUCCACGUCUGAGCACAAGCUGGGCAAGGACUCGCCCUCUAACAAACUGCUCUACGCCAAGGACAUCCCCAACUACAAGAGCUGGGUGGAGAGGUACUACGCUGACAUCGCCAAGAUGCCCGCCAUCAGCGACCAGGACAUGAGCGCCUACCUGGCCGAGCAGUCGCGGCUACACCUGAGCCAGUUCAACAGCAUGAGCGCCUUGCACGAGAUCUAUUCCUACAUCACCAAGUACAAGGACGAGAUCCUGACGGCCCUGGAGAAGGACGAGCAGGCACGGCGGCAGCGGCUCCGCAGCAAGCUGGAGCAGGUGGUGGACACGAUGGCCCUGAGCAGCUGAGACACUAGGCCAUCAGCACCCAGCGGGAGUUGAGCGAGAGGGCCCGCGGGGGCGGCCUCCGUCCGGCAGCCAGAGCUGGGAGGCCCCGGAGGCAGCCUCGCCCCCACUGUGCCAAGUGCCGGUGCGCUCAGGGCCGGCGUGCAACCCAGUGUCCUCCCGGCCCUCCCCCUCCUCCUCCUGCCUGGCGGGGGUCCCAGUGCUUCUCGGUGUGGGUGACCGUGCCUGUAGCACCUCUGUGCCCGGAACUGCUCACCGCAGGGCUGGGGGAGCCCGGGUGUGACCCCUGGCUUUUGGGAGAAGAGGGUAACCGCCGGGGACCUGGGGGUAAGGCUGGAGCCCUCCAGGAAGGGGUAGCCAGCCUGGUCUGUCUCCUUGAGGUCGUGCUGCCCAGGUCAGAGGGCCGGGACGGGGGACCAGGAGGGCGUCAGCCGCUCCCGGCUUCCCGGGCGGAGCGCGAGGCCCAGGGCCUGACGGCAGCCCAGGGGAAGGCCGAGUGGCCAGGGCCCAGCCGAGGAGAGCUCAAGUCGUCCGCCCGUCGCGCUGCCCACCUGCCGCGUCCGGCACCUCCACGCUCGCUGCUGCCCCACCGCCACCAUCCGAUUCACCGCGUGCUGUCCGCGGCCGCGGCCGAGGCCGGAGCACCAUGUCCACCUCGCCCAGAGAGGCCCCAGCUCCCUCCUAUGGAGGGGCUGCAGAAUGGUUCCCUCGAAGCCCCCAGGCGGCUUCCAGAAGGACUUGGUGACUCCUCUCCUGUCCUCAGGGCUGUGCCUCUGGGAGCCACUGGGGCCUGGGGCUCCGGGUCCUGAGCGCAGGUUCCCAUUAUUUAUUCCCCCACCGCACCACUCCCAGCACCCACCCCUGGGUGGGCCAUGCUCUCCGACUGUGCAGGUCUUGAGAGCAGCCCCCGAGCACCCUCCUCCCUUCCGCCCUCUCUGUGUCCCCUGCUCUCCACUCCACCUUCAGCGGCUUCCAGUCUGGUGUCUCUGAGCGUGCGGGCCCCUCAAGAGCGGUGGGACACCUGGGGACUUGGUUUAUGUAGGAGGAAUAAAGAAACCCUGCUGUACUCUGCGCGGGCGGCCAGGGCUGUGGCAGGGCCCCUGCGGGUAGAACGCAGUGACCAGAGGGCCUGGAGGUCGGCUCUGCCCACCCUGCCCUCAGUGAGCAAGAAAGAACAAAUUUUUAAUUAAAAAAAACAAAAAACAAAAAAAACCCUGUACAUAUAUAUAUAUCUAUAUAUAUGUGGCUCUAGCCUCAGUCUCCAGCCCCAGUGGGGUCCUGUAUAGUUAACUGGAGAAGGAGAAAUUUUACGAUGUAGAAUAAGGAAAUUAAGGCGGUGGGAAAGCAAUACCAAAUGGUCGUGGAGAAAGUGGCCAGGGUUUCCCUGACUGGAGCCCCCCCCACCCAGGCCUCUGCCCCUCGACCUGUGGGUCAUCCUGUUUUCAUUUUGAUGUGAGGAGGAGAGAACUUCUCGCUGGCCCCUCGAGAGCGUCCAGGGCGCGGGGCCGUGGAUUCCUGCAUGACUGUGCUAGCGUUUAGUCUGACUUGAUCUUUUUAAAACUGCAAGUGUUGAAUACUAGAGGUUGUUAGGCCCUUUUUUUAUGUUUUUUAAUUAAGCAGUCACUUGUGAAAGCGAACGAGCGGCCCGGCCCCUUUCCAAUUCACUUUUUCGACGGUACUAAAGAUUCCCACGGACUUUAAGGGACAGCUAACUGUGGCCGGCCCCGCGCCCACGGGCUGCCCGUCUUGGGGUCCCCCCCUCCUAAGCAGCGUGAGCCACACCUUGGAGAUCAGGUCGGGGGCCUCCCCCUCUCAUCAGGGAGCUGCAUGAAAUCCGAGCACAGGAAGCUCCCGGAACAGGGCAGAUGGGGGUCUUACGGGCACUGGGCAGGGCUCCCGCCUCCCGCUGCCAUGGGUGCCCCAGUGGAGCUCAGGUUGGCCCCUGUCCCUGGCACGGCCAAGCUGAGGACAGUCCGUCUAGAGAUCAGGCUGUCUUCUGGUAGCCGCUUUCCUUGACCUGGAUUCUCGUCCUUGGGUGCACCCCUGCCUCCCCUCUGGUGUAGCCUGGCCAUGCCUGGGGGCAAGCCUCUGUCCCCACCCCACCCCCGAAAGUCUUCCCAGGGCGCCAGCUUCUACUUGAAGCCCCCGUUCUUCCAGUUCUGUGAGGGUCAGGUUGGGACUGCUCAGCCCCUGUGCCCCCCCACUCUUCAGAAUCCAGUUCCAGCCCCUUCCCCCACCGUCCCUGGUCCCCGCAGAGCUGAGCCCCUGUGCCUGCCUCUGGGAGGCUACAGGUUCCAGGGUGGUGCCCUCCUUGUGGCCUAGUCACCUGGACGGUGGGCGGGCAGGGCAGCGGUGGCCGAGGGAGGCGCAAGCACUUUAGCAGUCCGUGUUUACAUGCGAGCCCCUGGCGCUGAUCCUGCCCUGCCCUCACCGGUGCGGCAGGCCCCGAACCUACCUUCCCGCCGGGUCUGCAGUCAGACCCCAUGUUCUCCCCGUCACUACUCCCAACUCUGUAGCACCCCACUGGCACCUGCGCACGGACUCCUGCCGGGGGCUCCGACCCCAACACGGGCAUGAGGACCUGGCAGGGGCCUGGAAUUGGAGCCCUGCUCUGCGUGGCGAGGGUGGUUGCCUUUGUUCCAAAGGCCCUGCUGCAGCCCCGGGGCUUGGGCGAUCCAGGCCACGGUGUGGGGUGCAAGGGCUCCCAGCUUGGUCCAGACACUGCUGCUAUCACCUGCCCUGCUACCGCCACUCCUCACCCCCCCCUUCCCCCGCCCUUCCCUGCUCUGCACCAUCUCAGGAGUGUCCAGGAUAGCUCACACCUCGGUCUGGGAGCCUGGUCCCUCCAUAUACCUCGAGCUUGCCCUGUACUUCCUGACCCAGGGCCCGAGGAGCCGGGGUGGGGGCUGUGGAAGCGGGACCUGGGGCGCCUGAGACCAAGGGCCCUGAACAUCCCUCCCGCCCUCCCUACUUUGGCCUCGCUGAGAGCACCCCCACCCCGGUUCCCCAGUUCUGGAUCUGAUGGCUCACGUCGUUGGUGCUACACAAGCUAGAAUAGAUAUAUUUAGAGAGAGAGACAGAUAUUUUUAAGACGAAGACCACAAUUAGCUGUCCUUUAACGCCACAGAGCCCCCACCCAAAAGAAGAGCGAUCACUCGGCCGGCCUGAGCCGCCCCCUCAGCCACUGUUCUCCAGCAGGAGCAGCAUGGCCGACCGGGCGCUCGGCCCGCGGACUGUGUAAAUAUACGGCUGUUUCCUAUUUUACUGUUCUUCAGAUUUAGUACUUGUAAAUACACACACACAUUAAGGAGAGAUUAAACAUUUUUGCUAAA